CCAAUGGUAGGCUGAAUCCCCCUCCUGCGACCAGGUCCCGCCUCUCUUGCCCCUUGUGCUCGGCCUACCUGCUGCCCCUCCACAUCCAGAGCAGGAAGGCGGGUGCGCGGGCCGGCGGCGGGCACCAUGCGGGGAGGCUGCCGGGGGCCGUGGGCAGCGCCUCUCUCUGCCGCCCACCUGGCGCUGUGACACUGGCGCUGCCACCAUGUUCCCCAGCCCUGCGCUCACGCCCACGCCGUUCUCGGUCAAAGACAUCCUGAACCUGGAGCAGCAGCAGCGCAGCCUGGCCGCCGGGGAGCUCUCCGCGCGCCUGGAGGCUACUCUGGCGCCCGCCUCCUGCAUGCUGGCCGCCUUCAAGCCGGAGGCCUACGCUGCGCCCGAGCCGGCGGCGCCCGGCCUCCCGGAGCUGCGCGCAGAGCUGGGCCCCGCGCCUUCGCCCUCCAAGUGCGCGCCUGCGUUCCCCGCCGCCCCCGCCUUCUACCCUCGUGCCUACGGCGACCCCGACCAGGCUAAAGACCCUAGGACGGAUAAGGAAGAGCUGUGCGCGCUGCAGAAGGCGGUGGAGCUGGAGAAACCCGAGGCGGACGGCGCCGAGCGGCCGCGCGCGCGCCGGCGGAGGAAGCCGCGCGUGCUCUUCUCGCAGGCGCAGGUCUACGAGCUCGAGCGGCGCUUCAAGCAGCAGCGGUACCUGUCGGCUCCCGAGCGCGACCAGCUGGCCAGCGUGCUGAAGCUGACGUCCACGCAGGUCAAGAUCUGGUUCCAGAACCGGCGCUACAAGUGCAAGCGGCAGCGGCAAGACCAGACUCUGGAGCUGGUGGGGCUGCCCCCGCCGCCGCCGCCGCCCGCCCGCAGGAUCGCGGUGCCGGUGCUGGUGCGCGACGGCAAGCCGUGCCUGGGGGACUCGGCACCCUACGCACCUGCCUACGGUGUGGGCCUCAACGCCUACGGCUACAAUGCCUAUCCCGCCUACCCCGGCUACGGCGGCGCGGCCUGCAGCCCGGGCUACAGCUGCGCCGCCGCCUACCCGGCUGGGCCUCCCGCGGCGCAGCCGGCGACGGCUGCCGCCAACAACAACUUCGUGAACUUCGGCGUCGGGGACUUGAACGCUGUGCAGAGCCCCGGGAUUCCGCAGGGUAACUCGGGAGUGUCCACGCUACACGGCAUCCGAGCCUGGUAGGAAAGGGAGUCGCCUGGGGCGCCCCUGACCCAACCCCGCACUGUCUCUGGAGGCAGGAAAGGCCCCCGCCGCGACCCUGAGUCCCUCGAAUUUCACUUCACGACCGCGGACGCCUCGGAACGUUUUCCGCCACCGUAAGCCUCUGCCCCCGAGCGAGCGCGUCCACCGGUCUGCGGUGAUGAUCCCGCAGCCCGCCAUCUCGGUAGCCGCCUGGGGGUUCUCUCCGGGCGUCCCUGGCCAGCACCUCCCACGGACGCACCAAACUUCGGCCCGAGAGCCGGACGCGGGGACCUAAGGUCCGGCCGCCCUUCCCGAGCCUGGGCCGGGCGCCCGGGCCCUGGCUGCCUUGCCGUUGCCCACCCACCCGUAUUUAUGUUUUUACCUGUUGCUGUAAGAAAUGAAAAUCCUUCUCCCAUUAAAGUGAGUGCGCUGA